CUUUAGCUUUUUUGAGAACUUUCACUACCUGGCUCAGCCCACGUAACGAUUGGGUCAAUCCAAUUCACAGAAGAAAAACAGUUCUCUUUUCCUUGGGCUUGAUUAAAUUCAUGGGCCAAGAAGGUUUCAGCCCAAUAAUCUGUCUUGUUCUUCAAGUCCCCAACUACAGGCAGGCGCUCAGCUUCAAGGUGGAGAGCAGUUGGAUAAAUAAUUGUUUAUAGAAAAUCGAAUUUAAUUGAACAAAAAUGGAAUUUGUAAUCGAACAAGGUAAGCAACUGCAUCAGGAUUGCUCUACUCUUCUACUGCCUGCGUUAUCGAUUGGAAACGUGGGGCAGCUAGCUGUGGAUCUCUUGGUGUCAUCGACGAGGGCGGAGAGGAUUGGGUAUUUGGACGAUCCCUACAUUCUUCCUUGUGUUGGAAACAAUGCCUAUGGGCCAAUUUCUUGCGGUGACCUUGCUCUACCGCUUGAAGCUUAUGACUCUCCUGCAAACGCAUUGACUCUUGUUCAACAGCGAUCCCCUGUUGUUCAGUUGUUCAAGCAGGGUAUGAUGAUUGAAUUUGCCAAGAACCUGGCAGAUUUUGCUGUUGCUAGUGGAAAGAAGCACAUAGUUGUGCUUUCUGGCUUAGACUUUGGGAGAUGGCAAAGAAUUGAUAUGUCAAGUGGUUUACAGACAUAUUACCUAUCUAGUACAAAUAGUGAUGGAACAGAUGAGUAUUGCGAACAACUAGGCUGGAAGAGAUUGCAAGAAUAUAACCCUGCACAGAGGUCUUGGAAAUAUCUUAGUGCUUUAGCUGAAGGAAAUCCCUUGGAAGAAAACAGAUUGCCUUUUGAAGAUGAACUAGAAGAAGAAGAUUACUAUCCAAGUUUGCCUUUUGCAGCACUCUUUUCUUGUUUUAAGGCAAAAGGUUUAAAGGUUACAUGCUUAUUGUGUUACUGCUCGGAAGGGGACAACAUACCUGAUGCUUUUCAUCUGGCAGAGGCGGCUUGCAAACUGUUGAGGCUGUCUCCAGAAAAUUUCCAUGGUGACGAGGGUAGUAAAUGGCUCAUCCCGUUUUCAUGGAAGACUGUGUAUGGACCACCCCCAGAUAUGUCUAUAUUUUAGACUUUGAUUAACUGAACAACCUGAGUUAAUAUCGAUAUGAUGGUGUGCCAGCUUUCGCUGGUCAUCACGGACUGUUUUUUGAAUCAGUUGUUGAUUCAAAUAUAUUUAGAAUUUAGAUAGUUACGUCAUGGGUUGAUACUUCGAUUGUACAUUCAUCAUAAGAUUUUUCAAGUGUGGAAAAACAGUGGAAGUUAGUAUUCUUAAUAUUAAUCCAUAGAAUAUGGUAUUCCUGUUUUGAUA